UUCUAAACUUGACUUGACGACCUUAGAGUGCGCGUAAGCCGUAAGUACACUAUAUAAGUAGUGAUUGAGAAUUAUAGCCACUUCGCCAAAAUACUCUUCUUCGUUCUUAACACCAUGACUGCACCACAGUCUUUGGUCUUCACGGUGAGAAGGCGGACGCCGGAGCUUGUUUCUCCGGCGGAGCCAACGCCUAAGGUCGUCAAAUUCCUAUCGGACAUUGACGACCAGGAUGACUUGAGGUUUCAGAUUCCAAUCAUACAAUUCUACCGCCACCAUCCGUCCAUGCACGGGAGUGACCCCGUGAUGGUGAUCCGGGAUGCACUGGCCAAAGCUCUGGUGUUUUACUACCCCUUCGCCGGGAGGCUCCGGGAGGGUGUUGGCCGGAAACUUAUGGUGGAUUGCACCGGGGAGGGGAUCGUGUUUAUCGAGGGCGAUGCUGACGUCACGUUGUCGGACUUCGGAGAUGCCCUACAACCUCCAUUUCCAUGCGUGGAGGAGCUUCUUUAUGAUGUUCCUGGCUCCGGUGAUGUUCUCAACUCUCCUUUGCUUCUCAUUCAGGUCACCCGCCUGAGAUGUGGUGGCUACAUCUUUGCCUUGCGACUAAACCACACCAUUAGCGACGCAUUUGGUCUUGUCCAGUUCAUGACCGCCAUCGCUGAAAUAGCACGCGGUUCCCGUUCACCGUCCGUGCUCCCCGUUUGGAAAAGGGAAUUGUUGGAUGCCCGGAAACCUCCACGUCCCGCGACGGCGUACACCCACCACGAGUACGACCAAGUCCCGGAUUCCAAGGGGACCAUCAUGCCCUUAGACGACAUGGUCCACCGCUCUUUCUUUUUUGGACCAACGGAGGUCGCCGCCCUUCGCCGUCUCCUCCCCAACGACUUGCGGCGGUGCUCCACCUUCGAUAUCGUAACGGCGUGUCUCUGGCGCUGCCGCACCGCUGCCCUGAAACCUGACCCGGAAGAAGAGGUUCGGGUGCUCUGUAUUGUGAACGCCCGCUCGAGAUUCCACCAUCCUCCUUUACCGGAAGGUUACUACGGCAACGCAUUUGCGUUCCCAGUGGCGGUAACCACCGCGGAGGAGCUAGUGAAGAAACCAUUGGAAUACGCGGUGGAGCUGGUGAAGAAGACCAAAUCUGAAGUGACCGAGGAGUACAUGAGGUCAGUGGCGGAGAUGAUGGUGGCCAAGGGGCGGCCGCAUUUCACGGUGGUAAGGACUUAUCUUGUUUCCGACCUGACACGGGCUGGGUUCGAUGAGGUGGACUUCGGGUGGGGAAAGCCGGCUUACGGCGGAGCUGCCAAAGGAGGUGUUGGUGCCAUCCCCGGGGUAUCAAGCUUCUAUAUACCAUUCAACAAUGGAAUCGUGGUUCCGGUGAGCUUACAUGCCUUUGCAAUGGAAACAUUCGUGAAGGAGGUGGAUGGUAUGAUAGCUGAAGGACACAACAAAGAAAUUCAUGCUCAUAUAAGAUCUUCUCUAUGAUUUACUACCUUCCUCUUAAAAAGACUUGCUAUAUUGACUUUUCUUGGCCAAUGAUAGCACAAUUUGGACAAUUUGAUUUAUUAGGGAGUAUAUUUUUAUAUAAUUGGAUUUUUUUAUAUAUUUAUGGUAAUACUUUUAAUAAGGAACACUUUAAUAUAUAUAAU